AUGACCCCCCUCAACCCCGCGCGCCUCCCCUUACAAACCCAACUGCACCAUCUCCGCACAAUCCUCUCCAAAAACACAACUCUCACCACCGUCCUCACCCGCGCCGCAACCCUCAACCUGCCAAACUGGUACCUCGCCGCCGGCGCCGUCUCCCAAACAAUCUGGAACCACAUGAGCGGCCUCCCGCCCGCCACCGGCAUCCACGACUACGACCUCGUCUACUUCGACGACACAGACCUCUCCUGGGCGGCCGAGGACGCGGCCAUCCAGCGCGGACGGGCGCUGUUCGCCGACAUCCCCGCCGAAGUCGAGAUCCGCAACCAGGCGCGGGUGCAUCUGUGGUACGAGGCCAAGUUCGGGGCGCCGUGUCCACGGCACGAGAGCGUAGAGGCGGGGAUCGACAGCUGGAUUGCGACGAGCGCGAUGAUUGGGGUGCGGGUGGAGGCGGAUGGGGAGUGGAGGGUGUAUGCGCCGCGGGGGCUGUCUGAUUUCUUUAACAUGGUCGUGAGGCCGAAUCCGCAGAUUGGGGUAAGGGAGAAGUAUGAGGAGAAGGCGAGGCGGUGGUUGGGUAUUUGGAAAGGGUUGACGGUUAUGCCAUGGGUUGAGAAGGAAGAGCCCCUGAAGCUGGUCUCAUGA